GCGAGCGGGCUGCGGUGGUUAAACUGCGCCAGCCGUGCUCCCGGGACGCUCCGAGCGCCGGCACCGGCUAGCAGCUGCCCCCGCCGUGGCCUCUUCCCGAGCGAGCUUAGCCCGGCGCGGCCGGUGGCCGGGGCGAUGUGAGCCGGAGCCCGCGGGCGUGGCCGGACCGCUGAGAUGUGGCUCAAGCCCGAGGAGGUGCUGCUGAAGAACGCCCUGAAGCUGUGGGUGACUCAGAAGAGCAGCUGCUACUUCAUCCUGCAGCGGCGCCGCGGGCACGGUCAAGGGUCAGAAAGGCUUACUGGUCGCCUGGUAGGCGCUCUGGAUGCGGUGCUGGACUCCAAUGCACGGGUGGCUCCAUUUCGAAUUCUGCUCCAAGUUCCCGGGUCCCAGGUUUAUUCUCCCAUAGCAUGUGGUGAGUUACUGAGUGGAUCAGACGUUUACUGGGCCAUAGCCACGGGUGCAACGUUAGAGGAAAUAAGCCAGCAUUGGGACUGGCUGGAGCAAAAUCUCCUCCAUACCUUGUCUGUCUUUGAUAAUAAAGAGGACAUUGCCAGCUUUGUCAAAGGGAAGGUAAAGGCUUUGAUUGCUGAGGAGACGAGCAGCAGGCUUGCCGAGCAGGAAGAGGACCCCGAGAAAUUCCGAGAGGCCUUGGUCAAGUUUGAGGCCAGGUUCAACUUCCCAGAGGCAGAGAAGCUGAUCACCUAUUACUCCUGCUGCUGCUGGAAGGGCAGGGUUCCCCGCCAGGGCUGGCUGUACCUCAGCAUCAACCACCUCUGCUUCUACUCCUUCUUCCUCGGCAAGGAACUUAAACUUGUAAUCCCUUGGGUUGAUAUCCAGAAGUUAGAAAAAACAUCCAACGUCUUUCUGACGGCUACUAUCCGAAUUACCACACACAAGAAGGAGCGAGACUUCUCCAUGUUCUUGAACCUCGAGGAGGUGUUUAAGAUCAUGGAGCAGCUAGCUGAUGUGACACUGCGGAGGCUGCUGGAUAACGAGGGCUUCGACCUGGACCCAGGUCUGCAGGAGCCAAGCCAGAUCACCAAGAAAGACCUGAAAGCCAGAGCACAGAAUGAGUUCUUCCGGGCGUUCUUCAGGUUGCCAAGGCAGGAGAAGCUGCACGCCGUCGUGGACUGUUCCCUUUGGACGCCCUUUAGUCGCUGUCACACCAUUGGGCAGAUGUUCGCCUCAGACAGUUACAUCUGCUUUGCUAGCAAGGAAGAUGGUUGCUGCAAUGUCAUUCUCCCACUCAGAGAGGUGGUAAGCAUUGAGAAGAUGGAGGACACAAGUCUGCUGCCUAACCCCAUCAUCAUCAGCAUCCGGAGCAAGAUGGCCUUCCAGUUCAUCGAGCUUAAGGACAGGGACAACUUGGUGGAGAGUCUGCUCGUGAGGCUGAAGCAGGUGCAUGCCGACCACCCCGUGCAUUAUGACACCUCACAAGAUGACGACAUGAUGUCACCUGCGUUUCAUUCAACAAGCAUGUGCAGUGACCACAAGUUUGGGAAUCUUGAAAUGGUGUCUUCUCAAAAUAGCGAGGGAAGCGGAACAGAGAAGAGCCCACGGCUGCACCCCGAGGCCCUGAGAGCUGUGUUCCAGCAGUCAGCCAGCCAGAGCCCCGACUCACGAAUGUCCAGGGAGCAGAUAAAAACAAGCUUGUGGAAUGACCACUUUGUGGAGUACGGCAGAACCGUGUGUAUGUUCCGUACAGAGAAGAUCCGGAAGCUGGUGGCCAUGGGGAUCCCUGAGUCUUUGCGUGGCAGACUCUGGCUUCUUUUCUCAGAUGCCGUCACUGACCUUGCCUCACAUCCUGGUUACUAUGGCCAUCUGGUGGAGGAGUCCAUGGGAAAAUGUUGCCUGGUGACAGAGGAGAUAGAACGAGACCUGCACCGUUCCUUACCGGAGCAUCCCGCCUUCCAAAACGAAACAGGAAUUGCUGCUUUGAGGAGAGUCCUGACAGCCUAUGCCCACCGGAACCCCAAAAUUGGGUACUGCCAGUCCAUGAACAUCCUGACCUCUGUCUUGCUGCUGUACACCAGGGAGGAGGAAGCCUUCUGGUUGCUGGUCGCCCUGUGUGAGCGGAUGCUCCCCGACUACUUCAACCUCCGGGUCAUCGGGGCCCAGGUGGACCAGUCUGUGUUUGAGGAGCUCACCAGGGAGCACCUUCCCGAGCUGGCCGAGCACCUGAAUGACCCCUCAGCUCUGGCGUCCAUCUCUCUCUCGUGGUUCCUGACUCUUUUCCUCAGCAUUAUGCCUCUGGAGAGUGCAGUGAAUGUUGUAGAUUGCUUCUUCUACGAUGGGAUCAAAGCCAUCUUCCAGCUGGGGCUGGCUGUGCUGGAUGCCAACACUGAGGACCUAUGCAGCAGCAAGGAUGAUGGCCAGGCCCUGAUGAUCCUUAGCAGGUUUCUAGAUCACAUUAAGAAUGAGGACAGCCCUGGACCCCCAGUUGGCAGUCAUCAUGCGUUUUUCUCUGAUGACCAGGAGCCCUACCCUGUGACCGACAUUGCUGACCUGAUCCGGGACUCCUAUGAGAAAUUUGGAAACCAGUCUGUGGAGCAGAUUGAGCAUAUGCGCUGUCGGCACCGGAUCAGGGUCCUGCAGGGCCAUGAAGAGACCACAAAGCAGAACGUGCUCCGUGUUGUCACUCCAGAAGUCUCAAUUCUUCCGGAAGACCUCGAGGAACUAUAUGACCUAUUCAAGAGAGAACACAUGCUGAGCUGUUACUGGGAGCAGCCCAGGCCCGUGGCCCCUCGCCAUGACCCCAGCAGGCCCUACACAGAGCAGUACCGCAUAGAUGCCCAGCAGUUUGCACACCUGUUCCAGCUUGUCUCACCAUGGACCUGCGGGGCCCACACGGAGAUCCUCGCUGGAAGGACGUUCAGGCUUCUGGAUGACAACAUGGACCAUCUUAUUGAAUUCAAGGCAUUUGUGAGCUGUCUCGAUACUAUGUAUAAUGGAGAAAUGAGUGAGAAAAUUAAAUUGUUAUAUAGGCUUCAUAUCCCUCCAGCACUCACUGAAAAUGACCAAGACAGCCAGUCACCAUUAAAGAAUCCUCUGUUGUCGACGUCAAGACCCCUGGUUUUUGGGAAACCAAAUGGUGAUGCAACUGAUUAUCAGAAACAGCUGAAGCAGAUGAUUAAAGAUUUAGCCAAAGAAAAAGAUAAAUCUGAGACUGAGUUGCCCAAAAUGAGCCAGAGGGAAUUUAUCCAGUUCUGUAAGACGUUGUACAGCAUGUUCCACGAAGACCCAGAAGAAAACGACUUGUACCAGGCCAUUGCCACAGUGACCACUCUGCUGCUACAGAUUGGGGAAGUAGGACAGCACAGCAGCAGCAGUUCAGGAAGCUGCUUCCAGGAGUGGGGGGAGGAGCUGCAGGCCUUGGAGCCCUCUCCAGAGCAGGACUCGGUUUUUGCAGACAGUGACACUGGGCCGACACCCCAGGACUCCAUGGCAUGUCCUGAACAGGCAGAAGGGAACUGGACUGUCUCCCUUGAGCAUAUUUUAGCUUCACUUCUGACUGAAGAGUCAUUAGUAAACUUUUUUGAAAAGCCACUGGACAUUAAAUCCAAACUUGAAAAUGCCAAAAUCAACCAGUACAGUCUCAAAACUUUUGAAAUGAGUGGCCAGUCGCACCCUGAACUCAAGGAAGAUAGCAGUUUGCUGACGAGACGAGCCUGCCAUACCAAAGUACAGACCACAGUGUCAGGGGCUGUCAGCCCGUAAGUGUGUGUCACACGCUGGGCAUCCAGGUAUGCACCCCAAUAGCCCUAGCUGGGGCUGGGGGACUGAGGCAAUCCUCAAACAUUUCUAUUUAUUUGUUAAGAGAAUUAUGAGUUUUACUUUUAUCAGAUUUGCCGAAAUGGGCACUUCUACUGUGAUUUUGUUCUCAGAUGAACACAAGAGUCCAGUGUAUCAUGCUAACUCAAAUAAUACCCAAGUUCUCAUUUUUCACUUGGUUACUGGGUGGUCAAGAUCAAGUUCACUUUCAAGAUCUAAGAGCACUAUCUGUGCAAUCGUUAUUUGGUUUUGUUUGUUUGCACUAAUUUUGUUUCAAUGCUGGUAAUUGAAACCAUUUUAAUAUUUUUGGUUAUAUUCACUUUGUCCUUCCAAAAAUGUGUACAAACCAUGCUUUCAACGUUAGCCUCCAAGUUUUUUAAUAAGAAAUUUUUGUACUGA